UUUCAUAUAUAUCUUUAAGCUCUGGCGUUCUCUCGCUCUGUUUUUUCAUCAUCGUCGACGUCAAAAGAGCUUUACAAUUUCGAUCACCGAUAAAAGCAUCCGCCGCGGGAGGUGCGUUCUGGCGUAGACGGAGAAUUUUUCUCCCUCACAAACUCCCAUAUUUUUUCAUCGUGCUUUUGGAAUUUCGCGAGUCUUCGGUUUGCAGCGCUGAGGAGGGUUAAAUCUCCACUAGAGCUAAUAAAUGAUAAAUGGGAAAUCGUGGCCAAAAGCGUACUGAAAUUGUGGAUAGAUUACCGGCUGAUAAACGGGCAUGCAGUUCACUGGAAUUCAGACCAAGCACAUCUAAUUCAUCUAUGCAAUUACACAUGACAUCAACUAAUUCAAGUCCUGGCAUCCAUGAUAAUGACAUGGACACUUCAUCUUCUGCUUCUGCUUCCAGUCGUUCAGAGGGAGAACAUGAUAAGGAUUCAGCCUACGGGUCUUGUGAUUCUGAUGAUGCAGAACAAAAACAUAGUGAUCUUCGAAAUUACCAGAGGCAAAGAUCAUCUAGUGAUCAUGGACGAUUUAAAAGGCUUUUGUCAAGCUUGGGUGAAGAAUCUGAGCCAUCUGUACAAACAGAACUACUGAGGGAACUAUGUGAGGUUUUGUCAUUCUGCACGGAGAAUUCACUAUCGAGCAUGACAUCAGAUUCGUUAUCUGUAAUUCUUGUAAAUUUGGUGAAUCUUGAUAGCGACUCAGAUAUUGUGCUAUUGGCUUUAAGGGCUUUAACUUAUUUAUGCGAUGCUUACCCCAGAGCAUCUAGUUUUAUAGUUCGUCAUGGUGGAGUUCCUGCCUUCUGCAAGAGGCUGGGAGCUAUUGAGUACUCGGAUGUUGCUGAACAGUGUUUCCAAGCAUUGGAAAAAAUAUCACAGGAACACCCUGUUGCAUGCUUGGAGGGUGGUGCAGUUAUGGCUGUUUUAACUUUUAUUGAUUUUUUUCCUACUAUCAUACAAAGAACGGCUCUUCGCAUAGUGGUGAAUGUCUGCAAAAAACUACCUUCCGAGUGUCCACCAAAUUUGAUUGAGGCUGUUCCUAUACUAUGCAAUCUCCUUCAGUAUGAUGAUGGGGAGCUGGUAGAGAAUGUGGCUCGAUGCAUGAUUAAAAUAGCUGAGUGUACACAGCAAUCCUGCGAGCUUUUGGAUGGGCUCUGUCGGCAUGGGCUGAUUCAACAAGCCAUUCGCCUUAUAAACUUGAAUAGCCGAACAACUUUGUCCCAGACUGUUUACAAUGAUUUGCUUGGUGUACUUAUCAAACUAUCUUCAGGAUCCAUUGUUGCUUUCGAAACUCUUUAUGAGCUAAACAUUAGCAACACUUUGAAGGACAUAUUAUCUGUUUAUAAUCUCUCGCAUGGGGUGUCUUCUUCAUGUGCUGUAGUUGAUGGCCAGCGCAACCAGGUAUGUGAAGUCCUGACAUUGCUCAACGAGCUUCUCCCUACAGAAGAUGCAAAGACAGAACAAUUGUCUGAAAAAGUGUCUUUUUUAGCCAGUAAUCCCAAACAACUGCAGAAGUUUGGUUUGGAUAUACUUCCUUUGCUUGUUCAGGUGGUUAGUUCUGGUGCAAACCUGUAUGUUUGUUGCGGCUGCCUAACUAUUAUCUACAAGUUUGUCUGUUUGGGUGAAUCUGACAUGCUUGUCGAGUUACUUCAGAAUGCCAACAUUUCUAGUUUCCUGGCUGGAGUGUUUACUCGAAAAGACCACCAUGUGCUGAUGUUAGCUUUAAAGAUCACUGAGAUUAUCCUGCAAAAACUCUCCAGUAUAUUUUUGAAAUCGUUUGUCAAGGAGGGUGUCUAUUUUGCAAUUGAUGCACUGAUAACCCCAGAAAAGUAUAAACAGUUGAUUUUCCCAGUGUUUACUGGUGUCCACUCAUCAUUUGGUUCAUGUCAAAAGUCUUCAAGAGAAUAUGGGAGGUGCUUAUGUUAUGCCUUUUCGAGUAGUUGUUUCUCUUCAGCGGCAGAAACAGGCAGCUGCAAGCUUGAUAAGGAUUCUGUUUAUAGUCUUGCAAAUCAUAUAAGAAACAAAUAUUUUACUGAAGAGUUAUGUGACACUGAUAAAGGAGUGACUGAUAUUCUUCAAAAUCUUCGAACUUUUUCUGCUGCCCUAGAUGAUCUACUAAGCUUGUCCUUAAUUAAGGACACUCCAGCUCAGGAUGAAGAAAAAUUUUAUGCUUUGUUAGCUGAGAUUAUGUCAAAGCUUAAGUGUGGCGAGCCCAUAUCCACCUUUGAAUUUAUUGAAAGUGGAAUUGUCAAGUCAUUUAUAAAUUACAUAACUAAUGGUCAGUAUCUGAUAAAAAAGGGAGAACCACAAACUAUAUCUAGACAAUUCUCAGUUAUAGAAAGAAGAUUUGAGGCUUUUGCAAGGCUACUCUUAUCUAGUUCAGACCACCCAUCUGUAAAGUUGCCAAUUUUAGUAUUGAUAAGGAAAUUACAAAUCUCACUUUCGUCUUUAGAAAACUUUCCUGUUAUUUUAAGCCAGGGAUUCAAACAUAGGAACUAUUUUGCUACAGUCCCAAAUGCUCGGUGUAUACCACAUCCUUGUUUGAAAGUUCGGUUUGUGAGAGGAGAUGGAGAAACAGAUCUCUGUGACAUUACUGGGGAUAUCCUGAGUGUUGACCCUUUUUCUUCUUUGAAUGCCAUUGAAGGGUUUCUAUGGCCCAAAGUUGGCACAAAAAAAGCUGAGCAGUCCUCUGAAGCCGAUAGCCUGAGGGAGCAUCAAGUCAAACUACUCUCAGAUGUACGUUCUUGCUUGGGUGUUAACUCAGAAUUUGUGGAGUCCGACAACAUGUCCACAGAUUUGCCUGAAAUUCAGGUAUCUGCAGAAGUCAGCGUCGAUGAGAAAUCACAGUGUUCUGCAUCUUGCAGUAAGAAAGGUACGACUCCUAAAUUGUUUCUUUACCUUGAGGGAAAGCAGCUGGAGCCCACCUUGACACUUUACCAGGCAAUUCUCCAACAACACAUUAAAGAAAAUGAAACUAUAUCUGGCACAAAAGUAUGGAGCCGAGUGUAUACAAUUACGUAUAAAAGCACUGGCGAAGUGGAGGACAACAGUUGUAACCAAUUAUUUUCUGCAUCUGACAAAGCCCCAAUGUUGCAGUUCUCUUCAUUUUUCUGUGGUAUUCUAGAUUGUGUUCUGCCUUCCGACUUGGCAAAAGGAAGUCCCGCUUAUGAUGUUUUAUUUCUUCUAAGGAGCAUAGAGGGCAUGAACAGAAUGGCAUUUCACAUUAUGUCACAUGAAAGAAUCCGUGCUUUUUCUGAAGGGAGAAUUAAUACCUUGGACAAUAUAAAGCUAUCAGUUCCUUCAGUGUCACAGAAUGAAUUUGUAAACAGCAAACUGACUGAAAAACUUGAACAGCAGAUGAGGGACUUUUCUGCUGUUUCUAUCGGUGGCAUGCCUCUAUGGUGCAAGGAACUUAUGGAUUCAUGCCCUUUCUUAUUUAGUUUUGAGGCAAGACGCAAGUACUUUCGGAUAGUAGUAUUUGGCAUGCCACAAUACCAGCUACAUGUAAGAUCACACAGUGACUUGGGAACCUCAAAUGACGUACGAUCAAGUUCUGGUGGCUUGCCUCGUAAGAAGGUAUUAGUACACCGCAACCAAAUUCUAGAUUCUGCUGCCAAAAUGAUGAAUCAGUAUGCACAUCAGAAAGUACUCCUUGAGGUGGAAUAUGAUGAAGAAGUUGGCACUGGGCUUGGUCCAACAUUAGAAUUCUAUACUCUUGUCAGUCGUGAAUUUCAGAAGUAUGGCCUCGGAAUGUGGAGAGGGGAUCAUGAUGCAUUUAUAUCCAAAAAGAGUCUGAACAUUGAGGGCAGAGAAACUAUUGGAUCUCCAUUUGGACUCUUUCCCCGUCCAUGGCCAUCAACUCUGGAUACAGAUGAGCUACAUUUUUCCGAAGUAAUGAAAAAGUUCGUACUUCUAGGGCAAAUUGUGGCCAAGGCCAUUCAAGAUGGUAGGGUUUUGGAUAUCUACUUUUCCAAAACCUUCUAUAAACUAAUACUUGGGCAGGAGGUGAGUAUAUAUGAUAUCCAAUCAUUUGAUCCAGAGCUCGGAACCAUUCUGCUUGAGUUUGAAGCUUUGGUUAACAGAAGUAAAUUAUUGGAAUCUGUUUAUGAAGAGAACUCAUCGUCCAAACUUGAAUUGUAUUAUCAUAAUACCAAUAUUGAGGAUCUUUGUCUUGAUUUUACUCUUCCUGGUUAUCCUGAUUAUCUCUUGACUUCUUCUCAAGAUAAUUCAAUGGUAAAUACAAAAAAUUUGGAGGAUUAUGUCUCUCUUGUUACAGAUGCUACUUUAUGUUCUGGAAUUUCAAGACAAAUAGAAGCAUUUAAAUCUGGAUUUAAUCAGGUUUUCCCCAUAGAACAUCUUCAAGUUUUUACUGCAGAAGAAUUAGAGCGUUUGAUAUGUGGAGAACAGGACUCGUGGGCCUUGAGUGAACUCCUUGACAAUAUGAAGUUUGACCACGGAUAUACGUCCAGUAGCCCCUCCAUUAUUCAUCUGCUUGAAAUUAUUCAAGAGUUUGACAACGAACAGCAACGAGCAUUUCUACAGUUCGUUACCGGGGCGCCAAGGCUUCCUUCUGGAGGCUUUGCAUCUCUCAAUCCAAAGUUGACUAUCGUCCGAAAGCAUUCUAACAAUCUGGUCGAUUACGACUUACCUAGUGUGAUGACCUGUGCAAACUAUCUCAAGUUGCCUCCUUACUCUUCAAAGGAGAUAAUGAAAGAGAAGCUCUUAUAUGCCAUAACAGAAGGACAAGGCUCGUUUCAUCUUUCGUAGCCUCAAAUUUCUUUCAUCUGUAGAAAGUGAAAUUGGUAAUUAUCAAGUAGCUGUAGCUGCUGUAUAGAUUUAUUUUAUUUUAUUUAAAAAAAAAGGGUGAAAAUGGAUGAAGAAGUGCAGAUUGUGGUUUUGUGGACAAGAGGAGGCUUAUUCUUCAUCUGAUUCUGGUGGGUAAAGUUGCAAUGUACAUAACUCCUAUGUACAUAGAAUAGAAGAAGGCUGUACAGGAAAUGGUGGGUUUUUGAUUUAUUGGCAUGGUCUCCCUUUUUUUACUUUUUCAACCCAUGCUCACGCUGUAAAUAUCUUCAUAGUCAAUUAACUUCUACUUGUUUUCUUUUCUUUUCUUUCUUUUGUACAUAGUAUGUAUGACUUGGGUUUUCAUUUAUUCAAUUUUCUGACAGAACCAUGCAUUUUCUCUGAGUUGAGAAAUAGGCUAUGCACAUUUACUGCAGGA